AUGAAGCGGCCCGCCGCCUUUUUACUCCUUCUUGCCUGCUCCGUGGUAACGGCGCAACUGAGAUCACUCCCCGUAGAACGCUCCGGUCCCUACGCCCCGCGCUUCUUCCGCCAGACACCCCUCGUGAACCCGGUUCCCGUCGGCCCAGCCAUGCCACCCUCAGACCCAUCCGACUCCCGGCCGCCGCCGGCCCAGGACGGCGUGAGGCUCUCCGAUGUCAUGGGCCGUGACCGGAGCAUCAACGUCUUCGCCGGCUUCACGCGCGACAUUGAAUCGGCGUCCCGCCGCCUCGAUGACCAGGCACGCAACACCACCGUGCUGGCGCCGCUCAACUCGGCCGUCGAGAAGCUGCCGCGAAAGCCUUGGGAAGACCCCAAGGACUAUCAGCAACUCGGGGAGAAUGUGUACGAGGGCGAUGACGGUCGGGACAGAGCGCAGAAGAACAUCCAGCGUUUCGUUGAGGCACAUAUGGUUGCCAUGAGCCCUUGGCCAGAGAAUGAGAAGGCCAAGACCAUAGGUGAUGAUAGAGACGUUUGGUGGGAGAACAAGGACGGGACCAAGUUUAUUCAGCCUGGCAAUAUCGAGGUUGUCAGUGUCGCCAGCACCGUCGCCAACGGCGAAGUUUGGAUUAUCAAGGAGGUCCGUAACUAUGUUUAG